AUGAGUGCGCUGGUGUUCAGUAAGCUGGAUGAGCGUCUGAGUUUCGAGGACAGUGGAAAAGCCGUGGAGAGGAAGAGUUUGAGUUAUUUAGAGGUGAUUCAUGGACAGCGUGUCGACUCGCUUCCUAAAAGGAUGGAUGGAGCCCUGCAGCACCAGCGACAGGGGGGAGGGAAGGUGAGGCACAAGCGCCAGGCUCUGCAGGACAUGGCCAGACCCCUCAAACAGUGGCUGUACAAACACAGGGACAACCCGUACCCCACCAAAACCGAGAAGAUCCUGCUAGCACUCGGCUCCCACAUGACCCUGGUUCAGGUAUCAAACUGGUUCGCUAACGCCCGGCGCAGACUGAAGAACACGGUCCGGCAGCCCGACCUGAGCUGGGCGCUGCGCAUCAAACUCUACAACAAGUACGUCCAGGGUAACGCCGAGAGACUGAGCAUCAGCAGCGAUGAGUCCGCCUCCGAGGACGGCGAGAUUCCGCUCCAGACGCAGCCCAGCGAGUCCGAGUCCAGCCAACAGACGCACAAGAGCGCGAUUCAGGAGGGCCGGGGCCUCGACUACGUCUCUCCCCCCAAAUACAAGAGCAGCUUACUGAACCGCUACCUCAACGACUCGCUGCACCACGUCAUGGCGUCCAGCGCGGACUCUCGCAAGAGGAACCACUCGGACUCCUUCAGCUCCAACGAGUACGAGGACGAGCUCCUGUCUCCAUCGCUGUCUGAGACCGAGGCCAAUUUUACCUACCGGACAGACUCGCUGGACUGUGGUUCCACACUGCAUGAUGGCUGCGUUCCCAAAGCCGGAGUUCAGGGUAAAGACGCCACGUACUGGAAGGAGAUUCACGCUGCCAUGGCACUGACUAACCUGGCACAGAGUGAGGAGGGCAGCACGGCGGGCACCACCAGCCGCAUCAUUCAGAAAUCCUCCCACAUAGCCGAGAUAAAGACGGUCAAGGUGCCGAUCGAUUCCCGCCAUUAGCGCCGCAGGUCCCGACAGGGCAGAUUCGGAUUAUCGGACGAUUUAGUUUGAAAAUAAAAAUCAGCUGCAGUAUUUUUGUACAGACUUGAUUGGCCAGUGCU